AUGUCGAGAUCAUCAUUGAGAUUUCUUUUUCUAUGUCUUAUCGUCUCGAUAUGUCUGUUAAUUGUACUUGAUAUCAAUAUACUAUCGUAUAGUAACUAUGCUAUCUGGGUUUUAUACGAUAGCGCGAAGUAUUACUUAUUCGCUGAGUUGGAUAUCGAUCUCAUAGAAAGUUUGAAAGUUCGUGACGUAAUUUUAGAACCACAUCUUAUUUCCUGUCAGAAUUUAACAUUCCUGAUUGUCGUGCAGGUUGCCUGUUCAGAUAAAUUGAGUAGAGAAUGGUUUAGAUCGAAAGUUGGUAGUCAGAAAGCUAAGUAUGGCUUCGAUUUGAUGUUUUCGGUCGGACGAUCUUUGAGUGAACAUGGAAACACCUUAAUACGUUAUGAGAAUGAGCAAUUUGGUGAUAUUUUACAAACAGACUUCAUUGAUAGCUAUCACAACUUGACAUUAAAACAAUUGUCUCAUAUGAGGUAUAUUGAUUCCAAGUGUCGUAAUGUGGGUAUGAUAUUGAAAGUAGACGAUGAUAUCGUUUUUAACAUUCCAAGAAUUAGUCUAUUCAUUGAAAGUAUUAAAUUAAUGAAAAGUUUGGAUCUCAAGUUCUGGAGAAAUAGCUCUUCGAGCUCUGAAAUAUUUUGCUGUAUGUUUCAUGAAUCUCCGAUUUCUCAUAGCGCAAGUGGCAAAUGGGCUGUUACUCGACGUUUCAAUCAACGAUACUGGCCAGACUUUUGUAGUGGCUCAGGAUAUUUCAUAUCAACUCAAGCCAUUACGGAUAUUCUAAGAAAUGUGCAUUAUUUUGACUAUUUAUGGUUGGAUGAUGUCUUUCUGACAGGAUUUGUUGCUGCAAGAGCAAAAGUUAAGCUUGUUAAUAUAAUGCCGAAUUGUUAUCUGAGUCCCGAAUCUCCAGAAUUACUUAAGUCAGAAAAUUAUCUUUUGAGCAUGUGUUGCUUGGUUACCAGUGAAACCUCAAGCAAAGAACUUCAAACUCUAAAUGUAGUGUGUGCUAGUAAUAUGAACAACUCCAAAAGAUUAGAGAAGUAUCGGAAUGAAUUGGAGCAUCACUUAGAGAAGGUCAAUCGCAAUCUGGACGAAGAAAUACAGCAAAUGAGGGAACGAUUGAAAAAAACGAAAGAGCAGUGUAUUGAAAAAAGAAAAUUGAAAAAGGAGUUGACAGGCAAAAUAAUCACUUUGGAGAGGAAGGUGGAGGAGAAAGACAAUUUUUUACUGGAGAACCGACAAAUUGUGAAAGCUACAGACUCUUCAGUUGUAGGAAAUGAUGAGGAAAUACACCUGAAGUUGAAGAAUUAUAAAAAGAAAAAUUCGGAACUGCGUACCGAGAUAGUUAGCAAAACGAACACAGUCAGCGAGUUGAUGAAUGAAGCAAGGAAGGAGAAUAUACUGCAAGAAACUAGAAGCUUGCGAUCUACUCUUGAAAAGAUCAGAGAAGAAGUUGAAGAUUCAACGAGAAAAAAAACAGCUCAGGAUUCCGCCAUUGAAAGGCUCAGAGCAGAUAUUUCUCUUGCUGAGGAAAGUCAAUCGUUGAUCGAGAACUUAUUGGAAAAAGAAAUUGAUAGACGUAUUAAUCAAACUUCCGAUACUGUUGAUUUAAAAGAAAAAGUGGAAGUGUUCGAGAAAGAGAACGUUCAAAUUCAAGAUGAAUUCAGCAAGCUUUUGAAUAAUUUGAAAGAACGAGAUAUGAGGAUCACCCGUUUGGAGAGCGAGGCUGAAGAAAAAAAAAAGCGAAUAGAGAAAUUGAAUAAGAUGAACGACGAAUAUUUGGAAGAGCUACGGAAAAGCAUUGAGCGAACCAAGUCUGUGUUACAACAGGAGAAUGAAGAAAUUCAGAAAUGUGAACAGUUCAUGGAGAUUGAAGCUAAUACAUUAAAAAAAUUGGAAAAAAAGUAUAAAGAUUUGAGAGAAAAGAAAUGUCUGAAACAAGAGAGCGACUGCUCCGAGGUCGAAUCGGAUUCCGACUUCGAGAGAAAUCUGAAAGAUAUCACGAGAAAACAUGGAAAUAUAGCUCAUAAACUAUUGGAGAAAAAGAAAAGAAUUAGUUCAUCGCUAAGUACGAGACAUUUUCUGGCAGGAAGUAGAGGUAGAGAUUCUAUUGCGAUACCUAACAUGAAGAAAGCGUUCCUGAAUCUAAAAAGAGAACAAAAAGCUUUAGAAUUCAAAGCUCGUUCCUUGAUGGAGAAAAAGAAUCUGUUGAAUUCAAAAGUGGAAAACCUAUUGAAAGACAAUGAACGAAUGACUGCAGAUUUGAGGAAAGCGGAAGAAGUCAAAGAAAAUCUAUUGAAAGAAAUAGGAAGCUUGGAAGCUCUCAUCUUAGAUGGACCUAAUGAGAACAAAGACAAAACAGAAAACGAAAGAAAGGUUGAGUUAGUGAAAGAAGCCAUUAGGAAACAUCUUGUUCAAAACGAUCAGCUCCGUCAAAAAUCAGAAAACUUGAAAAAAGAUCUAUCAGCUUUACAAACCAAAAUUCGAAUGCUGGGGAACGUGAAUGUUGAAGAAGCAGAGCGACUACGUGAAGAAGAAAGGGCAAGCCUGCGUCGUUUGCGGAAUUCUUAUGGGGACCUGAUGAAGAAAGCAAAAAAGAGAGAAAGAGAGUUAGAAUUGUGUAUAAUACAGAGAGAGUCAACGGUGAAUCGUGCUCAAUCUGUCGUACAUCUCGUGACAACCGUCAAGGCUGAGAGAGAAAACGAAAUCAAAGGAAUUAGAAAAAGGGUUUCUGAUAAAAGACAAAUUUUAGAGAGAACACUGGAUGGAACUUUAUGA